AAAAUGUUUCAGCAGCGUCGCCCAUUAUCUGGAUGAGCUGGCAUCGGAAUCAAGUCAAAACACUGAGUGCUUCUAUAAAUACAGCAAACGGGAUCACCAUCAAAGCUUUGCAGAAUGGCUUCACAAGAAAAACGCUUCACAUUAUACGCCAAUUGCGCCAUCCUACCAUCAAGCACUACUCAAUUUACAGCCUGAAACACCGUUGCGUGAGCGAGCAUUGUGCUACUUUGAAUACUACCUCAACUAUAAUCCACUGGUAAGUUUGUUUUGUGUUACCGAAAUAUGCUCCGACACUCGAGUACCAGCGGCACUCACCGAAGUGCGCUGCAUGUGUGCCCAUCCAUCACCACUGAUUACCGGUAAACGAAUCUUCGAAUGUGAACCACUGCGUUAUCA